CAAGCGCAAGCGCAAGCGAGCUGACAACACCGUGUCGGCCAUUUUAGAAAUUCGUAUUUCGAAUUAGAUUGUGUUUAUUCUUUAUUUUGUGCCAGGAUGGCGACCACCGUGCCAUAUCACACAAUGUCGACGUCUGAGCCGCUGUUUAAGAAGUGCUUCUGUAUCCCCUUGAAGACUGGAUGCUUUAUCUUGUCGUAUUUAAUCCUGGCCUUCAGCUCACUCCAAGUCCUGGGCCUCCUGGUUGUGACAACAUACGUCGGCGUCGCGACCCAUGGCUUCGAUCACUUCGACCGUCCAUAUGACACAAUAGAGGUGAAGUCGGUCAACCAGUACGGUCUACAGCUGAUAGCCAUUCUGUGCUUCAAUGUGGCGUGGCUGGCAAUCAACAUAGCUUGCCUGGUUGGACUGCACAAGAAACGUCCUGGCCCAGUCCGCGUGUACGUGGCCUUCGCGACCGCCCGCCUCCUGCUGUCGUUCGCUGGUUUCUUUUCCAGCAUGAUGACCAUUUCCACCACCAAAGCCAUCAUCAUCCAUAGCAUUGAUAUUGCUGUAACAAUAUGCUUCAUCCCGGUAUACUGCGUGUACGCGGCUCAGCUGCAGAGGGACCAGGAGGAAGCUCCCAAAGUGCCCCCGAGUGCCCCAGUGUCUGAUAAUAAUAUUUCCUUUAUCAUCCCACCCCUGGUGGACAAGAAGACCCUGGUUGUCUAGAUCUGAUUUGCGUUCAAACCUAGCUUAGCUAUGAACAUGCAUAGCCUUCUAAGUAUUCAAGCACUAGACAAGAUGUUUAGCGUUGUGCUUUAAGGCUAAUUAUGAUUGCUCGCAGGUUUGCACGCUGUAGUAAACAGGUUAAGAUCACACUUUUUGAAACCUACUGUAACUCUUUUAUACGUGCAGCCUGUGGAUAAAUUAUACCCAAAGACCAUACGGGGCCCUGCGCUCUCAGUAUAAUGACGCAUUCAGGAUGCUGAUGGGGCUGCAACGUUACUGCAGUGUAUCAGGGAUGCUGGCAGAAGCUGAAGUAGAUAGCUUUGCUGCCAUUUUAAGAAAUCGCACGGCGUCCCUGAUCCACCAUGUGCGUGGCAGCUCCAACAGCCUCCUGCAGAGUGUCGCAGCACUGGACACGAGUCCUCCUUGUCAAAUACACCAAACUGUCUUAUUUUGUGUGUAAUUAUUGUGAUUUACUAAGAUUAUUUCUAAGACCUUACACUUUUAUGGGCCAUGCCUGAAAUAAAUAACUUUUAUUUAUUUAUUUAUUUCAAACUUAUAUUGUAAGAAUGAAAGAUAGAUCUUUUAAUAAAUCAUCUCUAUGUCCAUUUA